UAACUGUUUAGCUUCUGCUGUCAGUGCUGUCUGCAACCGCUUGCCCUUAAGUAUACAGCAAGGUCUUACAAAACCAGAAGCUGCUGUAGCUCAUUGACACUGCUUCAGAUAAUAAUGAGUCGCUAUAGGAGAUCUGGUCCGAGGCUGCACAGACAUUGUGAGACCUGUUACAGUCGCCGAUGCAAAGCCUCCAUAGAAGUGUCCGUGUCAUGCAUGGUCAUCAACUGCCGCUUGCUUUGUGGGGCCUCCUUCCACAUGUGUAAGGAGGAUGAACACUCUCUGCUGUGUCCCAAUGUGAACGUGCCCUGCCUUAAUGCUCACUAUGGGUGCCCUUUCACCAUGUGUCGCUCUCGGCUGGCCAAACACCUUGAGGUGUGUCCCGCAAGCGUUGUCUGCUGCUCGAUGGAGUGGAACCGUUGGCCUCUUGAGAACCCAGAAGCCCCCUUGUAUACGAACCUUCUAAAAGAGCUCCAUGAGCAGGAAUCACUGGACCUUUCCAUGGCACUGAGAGACCAGAAACAUCUAUGUGCCAGGUUGAAAAUGAGGAGCUACUUUCCUGAGUUAAUGGAGGAACAAGAAGAGGAACCUGCCCCAGUGGAGAAGUACGACAUUGUGGAGGGAGCGGUAGGAAAAAACACUGUGUGUAAUGGGAUGCACAUCAAUGGACAUGGAGAAGAUAUGGUCCUUAAUGGUCCUGUUGACAAGGAGAAGUACAAUCUGUUCGAAAAGAUGUUUAGCAUGGAAAUGGGUGGUUGCAGGCAGGCAGAGGCAGAGGCGUCAAAAACAGAAGAAAAGAAAGGAAAAAAUACAUCUAAAGGCUCUUCAAAGCCGCAAGGAGCUUCUGUAGAGCCUGAGAAAAAAGAAGCAAAUGCAUCCCAUGUGGAUAUCUCCAAAACUGGACUGGCACCUUGGCAGGAUGGUGUCCUGGAGAGACUUAAGCGUGAGGUGAAACCCAGAGAAUUCAACAUGUACAUAGUGCAUCAUGGGCGCAUGCUGAUCUCCUUUGGUCAAAUGGAUGCUUGCACGCCCAAAGAGAGAGAUUUUGUUUAUGGGAGCUUGGAGCCAAUACCAGUCCAGACUUUACGUUCCUUCAAGGUUCCCAGUAGUUACAAACAGAGACGCAUUCAACUUAGAGAAUUCAAUACGAGAGUAAUGACCGAGCACAAAUGCGUUGGCACAUCUGACCUGGAUAUAUCUGAGAAAGAUGGCGGGGAGAUGGAUGAGAUGUUUUCAACCCUACUCUGUCAUGCAGAGGCUGAGAUAAGGGGCCACAAAAUAAGUGAAAUGGUGCCAACAGAUGGACUUUAUGUUGAUAUCGCAACACAAACGUAUAAUUUUUCCACAGCUCCCUUCAAAUACAACGCAACUUUGACUGAAAUUACAGCAGGCAGGGGUUUGAAACUUCACGUUGACCUUGAUACAGAAACGGUUACCCUCAGACACAACAAAUCAACCUCAGUAUUCACUUUCCUGUGUGGUCAUUUCUUCCGUCGGGAUGAGUUUGCCUCACACUUUAAGAAUGUGCAUUUGGAUAUCCAGUCCUCUUUGAGUGGCUGGUUUGAGCAGAGAUGUCCUCUAGCCUACCUUGGUUGCACUUUCAGUCAGAGAAGAUUACAGCCAUCCACACACAGGGCCAAAGUCUCCUAUAACCAAGACCUCAGUAUUUUCACCCUCACACCUGAGGUUACCGCCUCUCUUAGGAGCGAUUCACAGACCGUUCCACUACAGGCACAUGUCAAAUAUGAAGAUUCUCUCAGUAACCUUCCCUUUGAGGUGCUUUACUACAUCGCUAGUUACCUGGAUAGUUUUACUCUGUCCCAGCUAGCCUUGGUCUCCCGAUUGUUCAGGGAUAUAUGUGCCACGUUUCUGCAGGAAAGAGGAAUGGUGGGCUUUAAGUGGCAUAAGAAGUCAUACUCUCAUGGAGGAACCAGCUGGAAACCUACCAAAGUCUGGGAGUUCAGUACUCUUUUUAGUAAAGUGGGUGACUGGUGUAUCGGUGGCACACCAUCAAUGGCUGAGCACCUGAAAUGUUGUCCAUUCUACCAAACUGAACUGAAAACUGAGCCUUUUGCCAUGGCCAGUAUGAAAGGAAAGGAGAGAGACAGUUUGGUUUCUUUGUUUAUGGGACACAGAUGAUACUGUAACUGGAACUUUUAUUUGGAAUUUCUGGCUUAAAUGUUAUAAUGGCAGAGUGAGAUUCAAAUGUCCACUAGUGAAAAUGAUUCUAUUUCUAUUAUGCUAAUAUUUACUACUAUUAAAUUAAUAUUUUACAUAA